AUGAAAGAUACUCUGAUGAGCAUCAAGGAGAUCCAGAUAGAGCUCAGCGCGCAAGUUGAGGAAUCGGCGGUGCUGAAAACCCGCACGGCUACGCAGACAACGCCAGGCCUAGCUUCAUACAGCCAAGUUGCCAGAGAGGCAAACACCCGUGGGCCAGAGCCAGGAAGGUCCCUCACGGAGUGGAGCAGAGUCCGGACAAGGACGUCCGAGCAGACGGCUCCGAAGAAGAGCAAGCCGAGCAAGAGGGUCCGCCCUGACGCCCUUAUCAUUAAGGGAACUGAAGGGCACUCUUACAGCGAAAUCCUCAACCUGGUAACGAGGAGAGAGGACAACAAGCUGGAAGACGUGCGUAAGAACGUUCGCCGGAUCAAGCGCACAGCAAAGGGAGAUCUCCUCCUGGAACUGGAUGGCGCAUCAAGGGAGGACACCCAGUCCAUCAAGGAAAGCUUAGGCAACGUCCUUGGAGACCUGGCUUGCGUCCGGACAGUUGUGGAAGAGGCCCACGUUGAAGUACGCGACUUAGACGACCUGACCACCAAGGAGGAGGUAGCAGCAGCCGUGCACGCCCUAACGGGCCACCAGGUGGACGUUUCAAGCGUCAAAGCGCUUCGCCCGGCUUACGCGGGCACAAAAAUGGCGGUGCUCGCACUUGCGCCGCAAAUAGCAGCAAAACUCCUCGCAGAAGGGAGGGUAAAGGUGGGCUGGUCGAGCUGCCGGGUCCGAGAAAGGGCAUCCGAACGGAGGUGCUACAAGUGCCUUGAGUUUGGGCAUAUAGCGCUCCGGUGCAAGAGCGGAGAAGGCAGACGUGAAGCACAUCGCGGGCAGCAGGAGAUGCCCCAUGAGCAAAAAAUCGUCGGAGAGGUGAAGAUCAUCCAGAUUAACAUCAACCACUGCGAAGCCGCGCAUGAUCUGCUAAGCCAGACCGUGCGCGAAAUCCAUGCGGACGUAGCGCUGAUCAGUGAGCCAUACAAAAAGACCGCCGGGCCGAACUACAUUUUGGAUGCGAAGAAGUGUGCAGCUAUCUGGACGAUCGGCUCAUCCCGACCCCAACAAGUGCGCGUCGGAUCCUACUUCAUCCGGGCCAUGGUGAACGAGUUCCUCAUGUAUAGUUGCUACCUGCCACCGCGCCUCACCCUCCCGGACUUCACAUCAGUUCUGGACGAAUUGGUGGAUGAUGCACGGGGAAAGAGGAACGUGGUCAUCGCUGGGGACUUUAACGCAUGGGCAGAGGAGUGGGGAUCGGCCUACACGAACGCGAGAGGGAAAACCCUGCUCGAAACCAUCGCGUCACUCGAUGUAGCCCUACUAAACACAGGAUCGGAACACACUUUCAGAAGAGGCGGAGCCGGCUCAGUCGUGGACCUCACCUUCUGCAGCAGCUCGCUGUUUCAACAAGCACGAUGGCGCCUUGGAGAGAUCUACUCCGCGAGCGACCACAAGGCCAUAAUCUGCGAAAUAACGCGAAAUAGACCGCCAGCAUCAGCCCCAACACACAGCCGCUUCAAUCCAAAGACGCUCCAGGAGGACGCGUUCCGCAGGACAUGGAGAGACCCGGAUUUGGGCGAGCACGCGGAGAGGAGCUCUGAGAAGCUAAUGGAAGCCAUGGCAACGGCAUGCAGAGCCAGCAUGACCUAG